UAAUGUUUCCAAUUCACUUUGUUUGUUUUGAGAGUUUUGUCAGCUAGACACGGAAACACAAAAAGACCCUUAUUCUCCACUAAAGAGGAAGUGAAAUCGCAGGAAGUAGACAAAAAAGGUGAUAAAAAAAUGGAAAACCUCCCGCGACGAAUCAUAAAGGAAACUCAACGACUGAUGCAGGAGCCUGUACCUGGAAUCUCAGCCAUUCCCGAUGAGACAAAUGCCAGGUACUUCCAUGUGGUUGUAGCUGGACCAAAAGAUUCUCCGUUUGAGGGUGGAAACUUCAAAUUGGAACUCUUUCUACCGGAAGAGUAUCCACUGUCAGCCCCCAAAGUUCGCUUCAUCACACGAAUCUAUCAUCCCAAUAUCGAUCGUCUGGGACGGAUUUGUCUGGAUAUCCUGAAGGAUAAAUGGAGUCCUGCACUGCAGAUUCGUACAGUACUCCUGUCCAUUCAGGCAUUACUCAGUGCACCAAAUCCCGAUGAUCCUCUGGCCAAUGAUGUGGCUGAAUUGUGGAAGAUGAAUGAGGUGGCUGCUAUCCAGAAUGCACGUGACUGGACACGGAAGUAUGCUUCAGCUUAGAGACAAUAUAAACAGAGGAUUUUGUAGAGAAUUGUCCAGAGACUGGGGGGAUAACAAUCUUUUUUUGGGGGGUUAUUUUUUGUUAAAAUGCGCUGUGCACUUUUUGGCUCAAAUUCACAUGGAAUUUCAUGAUAUAUCGCCACAGGGGCGAAAGGAUAUUGAAGUAUUUUUAACAAUAAAUCACGUUUAGAAGGUUUUCUUUUGGUGUUUUCAGUGUCUUGGCCAGGAUGUUCUUAAGAAAAUUUCUGGGGUUUUUUUUUUUUAAUAAAGAAAAAGAAAAACCGCCAGACAAUUGAUAGGUUUCUAGAUGAUUCAUAUUUUGACAACACGGGAGUGAAAUUUUUGGUUAUCGUAAGAAAAACGGGAUUUUCAUCAGGAAAUAGUCAUGCACGGACGCUUAAAAGUGAGGACGACUGAGGAAGAAGCUGCUCGGAAGAAAUUGGAGCAGGAUGAGAAGCUGAAGGCUUACAAGGCAGCAAUGAAGCGAAUUCAGGAGAAAAGGAGUACCCAGGAAUUGGAUAAAGAGAUGAUGGAACUCACACGAAAGCUUCUCAGUAGCAAUCCUGACAUCUACACUCUUUGGAACAUCAGAAGGGAAUGUUUUCACGCACUGAGGGAUUCCCUGACUGAAGAAGAGCUCAAAGAUCUCCAUGCAGGAGAUCUUCUAUUCACCGAGCAGUGCCUUCAGGUCAAUCCAAAGUCAUACGGAGCAUGGCACCAUCGUGGAUGGGUCUUGGAAAAUCGCUCAGAUCCAGAUUGGAAGAAGGAAGUUGAUCUCUGUACCAGGUAUCUCAAGAUAGAUGAGAGAAACUUCCACUGCUGGCAAUAUCGAAGAUAUGUGGCUGAGAAAGCAGGAGUAACGCCAGAGAGUGAACUCCUCUUCUGCACCCAAAAAAUCCAACAGAAUUUCUCCAAUUAUUCCUCCUGGCACUAUCGCAGCAAACUUCUGCCUCUGCUCUUUCCCCAUGAGACUGAUCCCCAGAGAGCCAUUUGUGAAGAGAAAUUGAGGAGCGAGCUGGAACUCGUGCUGACAGCUGCUUUCACAGAUCCAAAGGACAGCAGUGCUUGGUUCUAUCAGAGAUGGCUUUUGGGCUACUCAGAGCUUCCCCUGGACCUGGCUGCAUUCCGCCAAUCGGGCAAUUUAGCCACUGUGGCUUUCACAAAAGCUAUUAACCUUCACGAGUGUCAACUUUCUGGGGAUUUCCUGCCACUCGGAAAUGUGGCAGAAUGGAAAUCAACUUCUGGAAGCAUUUAUGAUAACACCUGGGUCAAGAGCAUCCCUGAAGACUCUCCCAGCACUGACGACUGCAAGGCGAACAGGGAGCUUGUCUUUCAGGAUGAAUCCAAUCAGGAGUACCGAAUGGAAGUUAGAAAGGCCAAAGGAGGAUUUGUGGGCGUCAAACUUCCAAAAUUUGAGCACAUUUUUGGCAAAGUCGUAGUGAAUCACCUGAAAGAGCAGCUGGAUUCUUGCAAUCAACUCUUGGAAUUCGAACCAGACAGCAAGUGGACCCUCCUGACAGCUGCCCUUCUCAUGAGAGCCAUCGACAGGAAGACCUAUCAUGCCAGAGCUCUGGAAUUUCUCAGGAAACUCCAAACCGUGGAUUCCCUACGCAGUGGCUACUACAAGGACCUUGCAAGCAAAUGGGCUGUAGAGCAGGUGAUAGAAAAAUGGAUGGAAGCUGGGAACUUUGAAGCACCCAUUGAUCUCUCAUCCUUACAAAUCACAACGAUUCCCUACGAACAAUUUAUGAGUGUGGCAAGUGAAAUUAAUUUGGCAGAAAACCAGCUACAGGAUAGGUCUCUGGCAAAACUAGUAGCUCUGCAGAACUGCAAAAUUCUCAAUCUGAGGAGCAAUCCCGUUGGGAAGGAAGCGAUUGAAACCCUCUGUGAAAAAUUAAGGAAUACCACGAUCCUCUCGGAUUUCUCCUAAUUCUUCGGGUUUUUUUUGGUAAGAAUAAAUCCUAUCUUAUACAAAUAUUUGCGGAUCUAUUGUAUUAUUCCCAAAGAUUAUUUUUCCUGGACUAGACCCUUCCUGGGCAUUUUUUUUAUUAAGAUUUCUUAAGUAAAAAAAAACUAACUUACCAAUGAGAAAAAUCCAUUGCAACCAGGGCCCAAUUAUCACGGUUAUUUAGUAGAAUAUAUUAAUAUUAGUGGUAAAUUGUCUAUUGAUAACAUCGAUAACAUAAUAAAAUUCAAUAAAGCUUUUUUAUUUGA